UUCCUGUCGGUCAAUCGAUCGGAAUUGUAAAGGUCAUCAAAGUAGCCAAUCUUCGACAGUAGUUCAAUCUUACCAAUUGUGAGCGUAUUGGGACAUCUCUUAUUCCGUCCCAGCAAACGAAAGUGUUUUCUACACCAUCGAUAUCACUCGCAACAAUCUAGCACAACCUUCAUCAUUUGAACACCACUUCAACCUCACGGAUGACGUACAUAUAAUAUCACUUCAUCAUGAAGCAUCUCUUGCAUGCGAUCGACGCAAGACGCGAUAGCGUCCAACUAUCCGACCACGAUAUAUAUCGCCUUCUGCACGGAAGUCGCGGCAAAAAUGAUGAUAAAAUCGAAUUCACAGAAGCAAUGGUAAGAGUUUUGGAAGAAUUGAAAAGUAGCGAACAUGCUAGUGCUUUUUUGACCAAAGUUGCAAAACGUGACGCUCCGGAUUACUAUGAUGUGAUCAAAAAUCCAAUGGAUUUAGGCACAAUGCUUCGAAACGUUCGACAAGGACGAUAUAAAAACAAACCACAAUUCAUGCGUGAUCUUGACCUCAUUUGGGAUAACUGCCUUACCUACAACAGCGAACCAACCCAUCCUCUAAGGCGAAGCGUUCAAAUUUUACGAGCAAAGGCUAACCAUCUUUUGACAUAUGUCAAUGAUUCGAAUGACGCCGACGAAGCUUUGAAUCAAUGGCUUGCAGCAUCCAGUCUCCAACGAGGCUCUUCGGAUACAUCAAUCUCAGGAGCGAAUAUGCGAGUCGGAGGCGCAGGUGAUCAAUCUUCAUUGUCGAAAAAGGGAUUGGGUAUUGCCAAAAUAAGCGUAACAUCGUUCAUCGAUACGCCUUUCGAACAGAGACCAGCACUUUUGCGCAAUGCAGAAGCGAUGAAAACGUUUGAAAUGUUAAAUUCUUCAUUGAAUGAUUUGGACCGAAAAUUUGACCAUCAAUACUUAAAUCCGCAAGCAGGGCCAAGUUCACGUACACUGGAUCUUCCCUCCCAGCAAAGUGCAUUAGUACAACGGUCACUUGACAUGCUCAAAACACUCGAGGGACCUCAAAAGGGUGUACUACGAAAAGCUCUGACGACAUUACCCGAGGAGAGUUCCACUUCAAACAACCAACAAAACGGCGGCAAUAGCGUUAUUGAAGAUGAUGAAUCAUCUCCGAUGCCAUAUCCCUUAGAACCUGAAGGAACCGAAGAGGAAGUUGAGAAGGAAGCGUACGAUAUUGGAGCUGUUUGGUGGAAUAGUAUGGCCCAUCCAAGCUUGCUUGCUUCUGGUGUGUCAACAUUGCACAAUUCGGAACAGUUGCCUAAUAGGCGGAUACGACACAUUGGAGGACGACCAGCGAAAAAGAGACGACAGAAUGGAGUGGUUGAGGAACAGAACAUGGACAACAAUCGAUUAGCGGGUGCUUCGAGAGCAGUGGAAAAUAAUGUUAGAGUGAUCACCCGACUACGGCGAACGCAUAUGAAAUACGGAAGGUUGAACAACCAUAUUGAGUCUGGUGAGCCUAUACCAGCCGAUCUUGGCGUAGUAUCAUCCGAUGAUGAAGAUGAUCGAGAUGAAUUCGGAUACCAAAGCAAACAAGAGUCGGUUAAUCGUCGUACAGAGAAGCCGAGAAGGAAAGCGCCGGAUGCGUUGAUGAUACCUUUACACGAAAUGACAGGCAAUCCUUAUCCAAGUUUGAGUGGAGAGGGUGCUUCGGAUCUAUUGCAAAAUCGAACCAAUCUCUUGUUGGCUCAUGCAGGUUUUGAUGGCUCACAAAAAGCAGCAGCUGAUGUGAUGGUUGAUGUUGCGGGAGAAUUCCUCAUGAAUAUCGGUCGGACGAUGAGGUCGUAUUCGGAUCGAUUUGCACAAGAGAUGAGCGUAGAGGAACUUAUCUUACACGCAUUGUUUGAGAACGGAGGGAUUGACGUUCGCAGCUUGGAGUCGUAUGUAGCCGAUGAUGUUGUACGAUAUGGAAACAAGAUGACGGAUCUCUUACGUAAAUUGCGUACAAGCUAUAAGGACACUUUGGCCAAUACGGAUCUCACUAUGGCCGAUGAAGCCGCAUACUUUGGAUCUGCAGCAGCUGGAAUGGAGAAUGGCAAUGCACAGGCUAUGACAAACGGCACAAUGGCAGGGGAGGAAGACGAAAAUAUCAUACGUGGUGGAUACGCAGCCGGAUUGGACGAAGACUUUUUCGGAUUUAAAGAUAUGGGAUUGGACGAAGAAUUGGGCAUCGAUGUUGGCAGACAAUUGGCAGCAAUGCCAAGCAGAGUGUUUGCCAGAAAAGAUCAAGAUGGUGUCAAUGGUCCUGGUGGUAUGGGAGCGAAGAACAGGAUGGGAGGAUCUGGCAGUAGCGGAGCAUCAUCUUUGGACUUUGAUCCUCCUUCGCCGUUUGUGCCACUUACAGAAGCUGCCAUCUCAGCGCAAAUUGAGUUAUUGAGACCGUUCUAUCGAGAAGAAUUGCGUUCGCGUGGUCAAUGGCAGCAAGCAACACAAGAUCAAGAACGGGAUGAUGUUGAAGGAACGAAUUCCAAUACGAUCGAAGGCGGUGAAGAAAGCGCAGAAAACAAGAAUGAGAAAGACGCUUAUCUGAUCUUGCCUGACGAAGACCAAGAGAGACAACGAUACAAAGUUCCGCCAACAGGCAAAUUGCCAAGAAGGGCAAUGAAAGAACGUUCAACUCAAAGUACGAACAAGAGCUCUUCGCAGAAGACUUCCAAAGUAAACGGUGGUGAAGCAACAGGUAACAAUGCAAACGGUAAUAUUCGUAAGCCAGCAUUGAGUACUACUAGUAGCUUUGGAAAAUCUUCAACACCAGCGAUGAACGGAAACGGGAAAAGCUCAACAAAGAGCAAGAGUAAGAAAAAAGAUUCCUCAUCACACCAGAAUGGAAAACAACACCAUUCUAUACCCACUGUAACCGUUAGCUAGAAUGCAGAAAUGUACCUUAUUUGAUGAAUGUUGUUCAUGAGUAACAUGAAUACUCAGUCUCUAAAUGUUGUGAAAGAUAUGCAGAUAUGCGCUCGAUACAGGAA